UUGGAACUUGCAUUUGUGGAGCUCCCAGCCGGCAGGAACCAGCUCUCCCUCCUGCGGGAGAACCCCCCGGGAAGGGGCAGCACCGACCCCUGUGCCCCGGGGCAGCCGGAGGGCAGGAGGAUGGGGAUGUCCUCGCCUGCCCUCCUCUCCUCCUCGACCCCUUCGCCUUUCCUCUCUCUCUCUUUUUGCUGCUCUGGGGGCUUAUGCUAAGGCUGCCCGUGCCCGGAGGGAUACGGGAGUGAACCAUCCCCACUUGGCCUCCCACCUGCUCGCAGCCUCGAGGAAGUUUCUCCUCCAUCCAAGUCGUUGUGAGGAGAAGAGAAGCAGGAGGUGACUCAGAGCCCACCCCGUGGCACUGAGCCCUGGCACUUCACGGGUGGGCAAGGGGGACAGCAAACGUUCUCCUUGCUUUUCCCAGAGCUUUGGGGUAGACCAUGAACGGCUCCUUUUUUAACCAGACUCUCCUGGAGCAGGGAGCUUACCCCAACAGGACCCAGGGCUUGGGGAUGCUCAUGACCUGCUGCAACGGGACCAGCUCGGUGCUGGCGACCGACGGCGGCUCCUCCGUCCUGGAGCCCGAUGAGAGGAGCCUUUACAUCACCCGGGUGGUGCAGAUCGCUGUCCUCUGUGUCCUCUCCUUGACUGUCAUGUUUGGUGUCUUCUUUUUGGGCUGCAACUUGCUCAUCAAGUCGGAGAGCAUGAUUAAUUUCCUGGUGAAGGACCGAAGACCUUCUAAGGAUGUGGGAGCUGCGAUCAUGGGACUUUACUGAAGCCCAUUUGUAGGCAAGUGAACUCUCUGGAGUUGGUGCUGAGAUGGAGAUUCCCGUGUGUUUGGGGCAGCUGGAGGGGGAGUAGAAAGGGGGGGAAGGUUCUUUUAAUGUGUCUGUGUCCAUGAGAAAACAGAGCUGAGUUUCCCAGUCAACAAACUCUGUUGUGGUGAACGGGGAAACCUCCCCAGAGCUCUACCAAGCACCAUCAAUGACCAGCAUCGUGUUGCAUGCAGAAAUGGCUUAAGUUUUGCAUGAAACUUGCAGAAACAUUGAUAA